AUGUACAACUUAGACAAGCCACAGAGAGACGAUGAAAACAAGCCACUAACCCCAUCUUUCUCUACCACUCUCCUUGACCAAAUCUACCGUUCCAUCGACGAGGGAGAGAGAAAAAACGGCGAAACCAAGUUCUACAGACACACAACAAUGAGCACCACCAAGAAACAGAGCAGUAGGGGCAAUUCGAAAUCCAUGGAUGCGGAUAUAAAAUAUGUCGGCGCCAAAACCGACAAAAAAAAAGUGCACCGCGACGAGGAUGCUUUGUUCUUCAGCUCCACCUCGGUUUCCUCGGAUUCCAGCUUUGGAUUCUCUUCCUCCGACAACGAAUCCAUCUCGCGCGAAUCGUGUCUCGCGCCGCGCGCCAGGCUCGUGGGCGGGAGCGCGUCGUUCCGGUCUGAGAGAUACGGGAUUCGCGUGUUCGAGGGUUUGUGUCGGAACUCCCACACCUCUGAGGAGCGACACGUGGCGGUUCGCGACGAGGAGAUGCUGAUAAAAUCCAAGUCCCGGGCGUUGAAGAUUUACAACAACCUUAAAAAAGUGAAACAACCGAUUUCUCCUGGUGGUCGUGUCACGAGUUUCCUCAACUCGCUCUUCGCCAACACUAAGAAAACAAGCUCCCGCUCCUGCGGCGAAGUGCAGCACACUUCAUCAUCAUCAUCAUCAUCAUCCACCUCUUCCUCUUCCUACUAUUCCUCUACAUGCUCUUCUACUUCCUCAUUGUCCAGGUCAUGUUUGAGCAAAACCAUGUCUUCAGGAAGAGAGAGGAUGCGCAGUGGGGUGAAGCAAACAGUGCGAUUUUACCCCGUGAGUGUGAUCGUCGGUGAAGAUAGUCGACCCUGUGGGCACAAACGUUUGUGUGAAGAGGAAGAAGCUUCAAGAGGGUUCUUGAGAGAGUACCGACAAAACCCGAAGAAGAGCAAUGAUUUGGUUUUGAAGGAGUUGUCCUUGAGGAGUAAAGUUGAUUACGAGGAUGACGACGAUGAUGAUGCGUCGAGUUAUGCAAGUUCGGAUCUCUUUGAGCUUGAUCAUUUGGCAGUGUUUGGAAGUGAAAGGUACUGUGAGGAGCUUCCAGUGUAUGAAACCACCCAUGUUGGUACUAACCGCGCCAUUGCUAAUGGCCUCAUAGUGUAA